AUGGAUGACCUGACCAUUGUGUCGAGUAAUGAGUCCCAGGUUGACAAAGGCCUCCAUAGACUUGAGGAGAUGGUAGGUUGGACUAAGAUGAGGUUCAAGGCUAAGAAGAGUCGGUCAGUGUCGUUGAGGAAGGGCAAGGUGGUUGAGAAGAGGUUUCGUAUUGGAAACGAGGAUAUACCUCAGGUUUCUGAGAAAGGGGUGAAGAGUUUGGGACGUUGGUAUGAGGACAAGUUGAAUGACAGGCAUCGAGGGGUGCAGAUCUAUGACAAAGUUGUAGAGUGGUUGAAGAAGGUGGAUAGGACGUUGAUCCCAGGGAAUGCAAAGGUGUGGUGCUGCCAAUAUGGGCUGCUGCCACGGAUCAUGUGGCAACUGCAGGUGUAUGAGGUGGCAGUUUCUAGAGUUGAGAAGAUGCAGCAGAAGAUGAACUCGUUCUACCGGAAGUGGUUAGGUGUCCCACGGAUGUUGACAGAUGUAGCAUUGUAUUGUAGAACUGGAAAGCUAAGGCUUCCUAUGGCAUCAGUGGUAGAAGAGUACAAGGCUGGGAAGGUUAGGUUGGUCAUGAUGAUGAGGGAGUCAAAGGAUCAGACAAUAGAGGAUUCUCGGCCACCGAUCCGUACAGGGAGUAAGUGGAAGGCAGAAGAGGCUACGGAUGAAGCUGUGGCAAUGGCCAAGUGGAAGGAGAUGCGUGGUGCUGUCCAAGUGGGUAGGAGCGGGAUAGGGUAUCGUCCUGGCAUGAGAUGGUAUAGCAAGCAAGGCAGGAAGGGUAGGAGGGAUUUGGUAGUUGAGGCAGUCAAGGAGAAGGAGGAGGAAUGUCGGAUGGCAAAAGCUGCACAGCAGGGUGUGCAGGGUGCAUGGACCCGUUGGGAAGAGGUGGAGCAGAAGAAGGUCUCCUGGGAUCAACUCAGGACGAUGUCGUCUGGAGCCGUGCGCUUCAUGAUCAGUUCCACCUUUGAUGUCCUGCCAACGCCGGUGAAUUUAAAGAGGUGGGGUUGUGCGGAGGACGACAGCUGCAAGGUUUGCAGGAAGGCAAGAGGGUCAUUGGAGCAUGUCCUGUCAGCUUGUGGAGGGUUAUUGCAAACUUAUACAUGGAGGCAUAACCAGGUCUUGAAGGAGAUGGGAGCGUUGGCAAGGGCAGCGAUAGAGGCGAGGAAGAAGAAUGGACCCCCAAGGGUGAGGGGCAUCGAGUUUGUCAAGAAGGGGACUAGGUGUAGGAAGACUAGGCAAAGACAAGGUGUGGGUGGGUUGUUAGCCGUUGCAGACGACUGGGAGGUACGUGUGGACGAGGGGAAUAGGACUAUGCCGGAAGAGGUGGUGGUCACAGCCCUGCGGCCAGAUAUGGUUCUUGUGGCUAGGUCGGCACGUAAGAUUGUGAUGGUUGAGUUGACGGUGCCGUGGGAGACGAGGAUAGAAGAGGCGAGGGAGAGGAAAAUGGAUAAGUAUGCUAGUCUGAAGCAGGAGUGUGAGCAGAAUGGAUGGGGAGCAGAGGUACAUACAGUCGAGGUUGGGUGCAGGGGGUUUGCGGGUGUCUCUGCAAGGAGGUGGAUCCGAGCAAUGGGGUUCAGUGGUAGGGAAGGGGAGAAGUGGGUGAGGAGAAUGUGUGGGGCAGCCGAGACGGGCUCGGCUUGGGUUAUUCAGAAGGCAGUGUAG